CACACGUUACAAGAACGAAUCUGAAUCGAUUCCUUGCACCAAACCCGAGUAAAAGCUUGUACCAAAGCCGGAUAACAAUGAUCGGUCGAAGAAUUUGGCAGGGUAGGGCUAGGAGCUCCUGCCGUCGACUACUGUAUCUGUACAUCUCCGAGAGUCCCUUUCCUUCGCCCCCGCAGGUGACAGUAUCACCGGCGACUUUCGAUUCGGCGUCGUUUCACUGCGCUAGUAACAACAUCAUCGAUUUCGACUUUCUUUUAGCUUCGAAUAGACGACACUUUUCAAGUCAAAAUUUGGCCGAGCUCGCGGUGGGAGAGGUGGUUGAUGUACCAUUGGCACAAACUGGAGAAGGUAUUGCAGAAUGUGAACUUCUCAGAUGGUUUGUGGAAGAGGGCGAGAUAAUUGAAGAAUUUCAACCACUCUGUGAAGUUCAGAGUGACAAAGCAACUAUUGAAAUUACAAGUCGUCACAAGGGGACAGUUUCAGAACUUCUUUAUAUUCCUGGUGACAUCGUAAAGGUUGGGGAGACCCUCGUAAAGAUGUUUGUUGAGGGAUCUCAAGGUCCGAGUCAGAGCUCUGAUACUCCAGAAUUUGAUCUUCAUCAGAAUGAAAAUAAUGUUUCUGUUUCUGUUUCUGAGCCGAACAAGACUUGUGUGGCCAGUGUCCUAUCCACUCCUGCUGUUCGGCACUUUGCAAAGCAGUAUGGUGUAAAUAUAAAUGACAUCCAUGGAUCUGGUAAAGAUGGAAGGGUAUUGAAAGAGGACGUGCUAAAAUAUGCAAUCCAAAAAGGAAUCAUUAAAGAUUCAUCUGCCUCUAUAUUUAUAGACUCUGAGAAGCAGUUUCUUGGAGGAGAAAACAGUGACCCUUAUGUGUCAGCUGAAGUUAAAAGACAUAACGAUGACAAGUCGAUUCCCCUGAGGGGAUUCCACCGGGCAAUGGUCAAAUCAAUGUCGAUGGCAGCAAAAGUUCCACAUUUUCACUAUGUGGAAGAGAUUAAUUGUGAUGCACUUGUGGAGCUCAAAGCAUCUUUCCAAAAUAACCAUUCUGAGCCAGAUGUUAAAUUUACUUUCCUACCAUUGUUGAUAAAGUCGCUUUCAAUGGCCAUGAGCAAGUUUCCCUUCAUAAAUAGUUGCUUCAAUGAGGAAUUCCUUGAGGUCAUUCUUAAAGGUUCCCAUAAUAUUGGAGUUGCCAUGGCUACCCCACAGGGGCUAGUUGUUCCAAACAUAAAAGAUGUUCAAAACCUUUCCAUCUUGGAGAUAACGAAGGAGCUUUCGAGGUUACAAAAUCUCGCACGGGAUAACAAGCUUAGCCCUGGGGAUGUAUAUGGUGGAACGAUAACUCUUAGCAAUAUCGGAGCAAUAGGUGGAAAGUUCGGUGUUCCUCUCCUCAACUUACCUGAAGUUGCCAUCAUUGCACUUGGUAGAAUUCAGAAAGUUCCUCAAUUUGGAGAUGAUGGAAAUGUGUAUCCUGUUUCAAUCAUGAGCGUUAAUAUUGGUGCGGAUCAUAGAGUUUUGGAUGGAGCUACCGUUGCAAAAUUUUGCAACGAGUGGAAGCAGUUAAUUGAAAAACCAGAGCUGCUUGUGUUGCAUUUGAGAUGACUUUCUUCAGAACCUCAAACAUGGAGAACAGAAGAUGUAGAAAAAAAAUGACUCGGAAAAUAAGAGAGAUGACUGGCCAUGUCUGUCCGUGAAGAUUAUAACAUCCUGGUAUAGAUUGUUGAAAGUGUAAAUAAGAAUUGUUGUACGUUAAAGAACUUCAAUUCAUUGAUAAU